UCGUCCUAGAAACAAAAAUCUCGUGGAGAAAAAACAGACUGUUUGACGUUGACGUCGUGUUGUUUUUUGUCUUAAAAAUAAUUGAAUAUUGCAAAAAUAAAUGAUGUUUUCCGAUGAAGAAAUAAAAGAAGAAAUGCCGGAGAGUGGUUUCAUGCGACCGGGUGAUGAGAUAAUAAGCAUACGUGAAGUGUGUUUGAGUGACAAGUUUGAUAAGAAGGAAUUGGGAUUCAAUGGCGAGCCGCUACUAUCGAAUUCUGGUAGAAAUGAUCUGGACGUUCCUCGCUGUCUAUUCCGUGAUGGUUUCUUCUCGGACGGCUUAGAACCUCAACAGGCAAGGUUCGCAUGGACGGAGGAGGAUGGCAACAUUGCGUCUCUGGUCUCCGAACCAGGGUUUGGCACUACUGGCCAAACUACUUUUGGCAAGGAUCUGGAUGCCGCGCUUAAAAGUGAGAUGAAGGAGGCUGAUACGUCAAGUGCGGUUCUUCAGCCAACCAAUAGAAACGGACUCACUUUCAGUAAAAAAAUCUUUGGCGAACCUCAUCUCGUGUCUUCUACAUCUACGGCAGUUGCUGGACCAGGUACAGACAGAAGCAAGGGCCCUGGCACAUGCAAGGUGGACAAGGCAGACCCUCGCUCCCGUUUCCACUACGUCAAGUACGUCAAGAGGCAUGGACGAACUGUCAAGCUGUGGGAAUGUGGCAUUUGCAGCCGCGAGUUCCAACACCAGUACACUCUGAUGCGUCACUUGCCCACACACACUGAUGAGAGGAACUUCCACUGUGUAGCUUGUGGGAAGAGCUUCAGACAGCUGUCUACCCUCAGCCAGCAUCGAGCUAUACAUUCUGCUGAAAGGCCUUAUGCUUGCGAGGUAUGUAACAAAACGUUCAACCGCGUGUCCACCCUGAUCUCCCACCGCAAGACCCACUCCGAUGAGAAGCCUUACAAGUGCCACAUCUGUCCCAAAGGAUUCCAUCAAAAAGGCAACCUCCGCAACCAUCUAUUCACACACACCAACGAACGUCCUUACCGUUGCAACAUCUGCCUGAAAGGAUUCAACCAACAGUCCAACCUGGUCUGCCACAAAAACAAGGCUCAUCCCGAUGAUAACAACUGUCCUCCCGUUAAUGUUAGAGGCAGGUCCACUACUCCAAGAAUCACUCGUACAGCUACGGAAACUCAACCAGAUUCUACCAGACCUCAAGUGGAACACUGCGAAGUAACAUCCUCAGUGGGUCCAUACCUCCCAUCUGUCGAAGGCCCUUCAUCCUCAACUUGGAACCCAAAACCAGACCUCUGGGAAAUUCCCAAACCUUACCUGGAAACUGGGGACAUCUGGAACGAUGGCCCAUGGGGGUCUAUGAGCAGUGGGGUCAUAGUAGACCCCAUUAAGACCUAUCAUAUGGGGGUGGCGUUGGCUACAAGACAGACCCCAUUUGCGUUACUGAAGCCUGAUAAUGGUAUUCCUGUGUUGGUGAAGGUUAUUGAUACGAAGCUCCCAGGUGGUAAACAGAUGCUUGUGCCAGCAACAGCAGAAGAUUUGAGAGUGGGCGGUAAAAUUGUCCUGAAGAAUGACGCAGAAGGUGGCAUUGCACAGGUUAAACCAAAUGGCGCGGUUCAGAUCCGAGUGCCGGUGGUAGCGACUGUGGUCCCUCGCAUCAAGCCUGGCGGGAGACUGACCCUCAGCGUCGAGGAACCGCACCAUGCUUACCACACUGCUUUAUCCGCUGAUGUGGUUCAGAUCCGAGUGCCGGUGGUAGCGACUGUGGUCCCUCGCAUCAAGCCUGGCGGGAGACUGACCCUCAGCGUGGAGGAACCGCACCAUGCUUACCACACUGCUUUAUCCGCUGAUGUGGUUCAGAUCCGAGUGCCGGUGGUAGCGACAGUGGUCCCUCGCAUCAAGCCUGGCGGGAGACUGACCCUCAGCGUGGAGGAACCGCACCAUGCUUACCACACUGCUCUGUCUGCUGAUGUGGUUCAGAUCCGAGUGCCGGUGGUAGCGACAGUGGUCCCUCGCAUCAAGCCUGGCGGGAGACUGACCCUCAGCGUGGAGGAACCGCACCAUGCUUACCACACUGCUCUGUCUGCUGAUGGUACCCGAAUAUCUUCAACGUGUGCAUUGCCACCGCCGGCACCGUCUCCGCCGCUCGAUCUCAUCGCCAUGGACCUGUUCGAACCGAUGGAAUGCAUACCAUUAGGUCCUCAAAUCACGGCAGUAGACAACAUCGACCAGGCUCCACCUUCUGAUGAUUCCGACAUCUUUAUUGGGGAGUUUGAGAGUCACACUGACAUAACACCGGCGCUAUAACAUCCAACGCAUUUGGGACAACAGUGGAUGCCGCAAGCUAGCCAGGCCCGGCUACGCCUAGUUA